GUUGUGAUGUUUAGCUUACGUACUUUGUACAUGGACGGCACGUCUGGACGAAGGUGAAACCGUCCACCUCAGCCGCCUCAUCAGCCGACUCGUCGCGUCGAAUUGCGUCAGCCCAUCAACACCCGCAACCAUGGCGUUGCUCGCCCUGCCAAACGAGCUCGUCGCGCAGAUCGCUCAGUGUCUGCCCACAGAGCGCGACUUGAGCCGGCUCAGCCAGACGUGUCGACGACUCAACCAGCCCGUCACGCUGAUCCUGUAUCGUCGCAACAACCAACAAGGGUCCAACACGGCGUUGACAUGGGCCGUGAGGAAGAAUAUUCCAGCCAUCCUCCGGCACGCAGUCAACGCGGGCACUCGCAUCAGCGACUGCCGGCUGCCUCUGCUCUUCGAUGCCGCGCUCAGAGGCCACGUCAAGGUGCUGAAGGCGCUGUUGAGCCUGUGCAAGCUCGAGUCGCUCGUCUGGGACUCGACGGCAACCACCCCGCUCUUCGUCGCCAUUCGAAACGGACACGCCGACUUCGUCAGGGUCCUGCUCGAGCACGGGGCGGACCCGUUGCUGCCUUCGCCUUACGGGCGCGGUGAAACGCCGCUGCAUACCGCCGCGCGGUACCCGCGAGAGGUUGACAUCGCCGCCAUGCUGGUCCAUGCGAGCCACGACAUCGCGCCCCGUCAGGCGACCGAUGGGACGCCGUUGCACGUCGCGGCUGGCCAUGGGCAUGUGCGCAUGGUGGAGAUGCUUCUGGAUCGCGGUGCAGACCCCACGCAGGUGGAAAACAACUCUACGCCUCUGGGACUGGCCGUGGAAAAUGGACACACGGACACUGCGAAGCUGCUACUGGAGAGGUCUCCCGGUGUAGCGGGCCACGUAUUCGAAGGUAUCCCGGUGCUCUAUGAGGCCGCGGGUGAUGCCGCAGCGGAGUUGCUCUUGCUGCUGCUCCAACACGGCGCCGAUCCCCAUGAAAGGCUGAAGUCGGGGAAUCUUCCCUUGCACAUGGCAGCGGCUGCGGGCAACACCGACGCCAUCAGGGUUUUGCUUGACCAUGGAUCUCCCAUCGACGCUCAGUGUGAGACCGGCGAGACCGCAUUGCAUUUGGCGGUCCUAAACGGCAGAACCACCGCCGUCCAGCUACUCCUGGAAGCGGGAGCGAAUACCUUGCUCGCCACCACCAAAGCCGGCAACCAGCCACUGCACCUGGUGCAAGACUCAUUCGCAGGCAUUGUGGUUGACGCACUGCUCGAUCAUGGUGCCGACAUCGCCGCCCGGAACAACUUGGGGUGGACUCCCGUGGCCGCCGCCAUGAAGAGCUCGUGCGCAGAAGUUGUGAGGCGUCUUGUCGAACGCGGCGCAGACGUUGACGACUCAACGUCAAAGUUGCCAUUGCUCUCGUUGGCUGUUGACCAUAGCGACAUGGACACCGUCGCUUUUCUCCACGCCCGUGGAGCCACCCUGGCCGCCGUUGACGAGUUUGGUUGCACCGCACUGCAUGUCGCGGCCAAGAACGGUGAUUUCGAAAUAGCCGAGUUCCUCUUGGAGCACGGGGCCGACUGUCAAGCGGUAGACUCGUACGGAUGGACACCGCUGCUGUUGGCCGCGGCGAACGGGCACCACAGAUCGGUCGAAGGGCUCGUCAAGGGGGGUGCCGACUUGGAGCAAGCAAACGGAGAACGGUACACGCCGCUUCUCCUUGCGGUGGAAAAUAAUCACCUCCAAGUUGUCGACGUACUUCUCGCCAACGGCGCGAGCUUGCUGGCCACCCAAUGUAACGGUAGGGGGGCUGCCAUGCUUGCGGCAAUGGGUGGGCACGUCGGAUUGCUCAAGCGACUACUCGCAACCGGCAACGUAGACAUCGACCAGCGAGACAUUGAUAACCGAACAGCGCUUCUGCUCGCGGCGAUGCGUGGAAAAGCGACAGCUGUCAAAGUCCUCCUCUCGCAAGAACCCCCUCCUGCCAGUGACAUUAAAGACAGGUUCGGAGCAACGCCCCUCAUCAUGGCCGCGCGCAAUGGGCAAACCGCUAUACUUUAUCGUCUUCUGGAGACCGGAAACCAGCCAGUCCACGCCCAGGAUGUGUUUGGCCACACGGCUCUGUGCUGGGCCGCGCAGAGUGGCAGCCACGAAGCCUUUAGUCUCCUUGCCAGUGUCGCUGCUGGGGAUGACGACGGCCUUUACACAUUACAAGCCGAGCGAAUCCACUUCUCAACGGCAACAUGCUACUGCGACGUCUGCGGGCGCUGCACCAUAUUUUCCUUGCGUGAUAGGACGCAGGCGUGCAAGGCGUGCGCGUUCGCUGACAACUCCGUGUUCGUCAUAUGCGCGUCCUGUGCGGACGCCGGGGCCAAGUGUCGCGACGAAGACCAUGCCUGGCAGCCGCACGAGUGCGAUUGCGAAGAUGGAUCUGACUACGAAGAAGAAGAAGAAGAAGAAGAAGAAGAAGAGGAGGAGGAGGAGGAGGAGGAGAGCAGCGAUGAUGAGUCCGAAGAGGAGGAUUGGGACGUGAGCCGAAACGGGUCCUCUCAGGAGGCGGAGGAUCCGACCGAGGAGGAGGCUAGUGCCGGAUCCCCUGGGGAUGAGGGAACAACGGCCGCCUCAUGACAAAUAACGAGUUUCCCCAUGUAGGAUGCCUAUAACCAUACAUGUGUAAUUGUCACAUGUGCGUGCAGGUAUUGUUACGUAAAGAUGACUGUGGGAGCGAGGUGAUUGAUGUCACGUUUCAGAUCAGACAAACAAAGAUGAG